AUGACAACUACCAAAAAGAAAUUGAACCGAGCAGACUAUAUGUUCCAGAACAAAACUGGCGAGGAGCUCAUGAAGAAGCCAGGCGAUGUGAAUGGAUUGGACUUCGCUAUCAGAGACCUCAAGGAUUGUACCGUCUUCUUGCUCGACCACACAGCUCAGAUCUUCGUUGACGAUUGCGAGAACUGCACUAUGGUCAUAGGACCAGUUAAGGGCUCAAUAUUCGUGCGAAACUGCACCAACUGCAAGAUCUCAGUGCCAUGCCAGCAAUUCAGGUGCAGAGAUCUCAAGGAUUGCACAAUUUUCCUCUAUGUAGCUAAUGAGCCAGUCAUUGAGAGUUCUCAGAAUUUAGUUUUCGCUCCAUUCAACGCUGCUUAUCCAUUCCUCGAUCAGCAGGUCGCUACUGUCGGCUUCGAUGUCAAUGAUAACAAGUGGGAAUUAAUAUUCGAUUUCACAAAGGAUGAAUCAGGAUAAAAACUAAACUUUUCCUUGCUGGACCCAUCACAAUUCUAGAUUGUUUCUAAGUCGAUCGAAGGUGUUGAGCAAAAGCCAGUGUUGGCAUUCCCAUAUCCCUAGAGAUAUGGAGGAGUUCUCUCUGAUGAUGCCAAUGCACAUCACUAAUCUAAGAAUGAGGGAGUAACUUUCAAUAGUGUAGAAUAAAUGAAAAAGGAUGCUCAGGAAUUAGCCUAGUUGAAAUAAGAAUAGAAACAAGAAGAGCUGUAGCAGCAGUAAUAAUAGCAUUAAGAUGAUCCAAUUAUUAUGGAUCAUUUCGGUGGAGAUUCCUAAGUCUUCAACUCCUACCAACCUCAACUAGAUAGUCAUGAUGAUUUCGACUUAUUCGAGGCUGCUGGAACUAGCUAGCCAGUCGUCUCUUAAUAAAACACCUUCUAAAACUAAUUUCAAUCAAACUCAAGUCCUUUAUAAUAACAACAGCAAUAACAAUAAGUGUUCCCUGGACAAGGAUUCAACUCAGGGUCUUAAAUGAGCUGGUAAAACAACGACUUUCAGUCAAAUAGUAAUGACUUCAGCAUUCCGUCAUACUCAGCUCCAGGCUAAUAAUAGACAUUCGUCCCACCGAUGUACUAGGCUUAGAGCAAUGGCUUAAUGGGUAUGGAAUUUGAUGGCGAGGACUUAGACGAGGAGGAGAGAGAACGCAUACUCCAGUCCGAACUUACCAAGUAAGAAUAGCUUCGAUCCCUCUACUUUAAGCAAGAGGAAGAGUAAAAGCUGAAGCAACAAAGAAAAACUCGCGGCAGAGAGGAGUUGUUAAAGUGGUCUGAUGAAAGGCAACAGCAGCUCAAGUAAAGAGCCCAAAGCAACAAGCAAUUAGAGCAAGACUAUCAUACUGAGCAACAAAGGCUGAAGGAGACAACAAAUCAAUGGGAGAGAAUCAUGUCAAAUGUAGAGAUUAACUCAAGCUAGUAUGUUGGCUCAUGGGAUGUUACCAGAAUGAGAUAGGCUAUGAUCGCGAGAAAAAGCGAUAUUACAAAGGGUAAUGCUGCUACUAAAAAAAGUAUUUUCUGA